UCAGAGGUAGCUAGAGACCAUCAAUUAUGUAACACACCCAACCCAUCACUUACCUUCAGGUGCUACACUUUAUCUUCCAAAGAGGUAUCAGCAAUGGUUUCAACAAGUACCGAUAGUGCAUCAGCUACUACCACUACUAACUUGCAGCUAUACAUUCAAGCGGGCGGAGGUCGGCGCCUCAUCAUGGUCGAAACUACUUUAUCCAUUUCAGAAAUGAAGCAAAAGAUCGAAGAGAUAACCGGCAUACCUCAAGAGAGACAGAGGUGGGCUGUGCUACCCUCCGGCCCAAUCAACGUUGAAAACGAUGGCGAUGACAUCGGAUCCGUACUGAAGCACAAGAGCACCCUCCAUGUGCAGGAUUGCUCUUUGUUGGCCGACCAAGCCGAAAGCCAAGAACCCUUUGCAGGGCAUCAGUGGCGAACGACGACGGUCGAUGGAACCGAUCUCCACCAAGGAGACACGAUCGAUCCAGGCUUUAACGGCCAAGUACCCCAAAAUCGAGGUACACACAUAUUUGGGGACACUCGGAGCAAGGACGGCGCUCUCAAACAGGGCGAUCAGUAUCAGCCUAGGAACGCGUUCCAACACACUCAGAAACAGGGUGAAGAAUACGCUGUGCCGAAUGGCGGAGCAAGUGCUGGUAGCCUACAGCAUCGUGGGAAUUGGUAUGAGCAAACGUCUACCCAGAACACGAAUCACAUCCAAGGCGAUACGAUCCAGGAUGGCUGGCGCGGGCCGGCCCCUAGGAACGCCGGUAACCAUCGUUUCGGAGUCACCUUCUCCAAGGGAGGCAGUCUCCAUCAAGGCAACAAGUUCGGACAGUCCGCCUUGGCUGGCGACGGAACCAAUACAUCUGCGAAUGCGGAGGAACCCUCAGACUGA